AUGGUGGAGGACCUUCAGAUCACCCUCAGCAAAGCGCCCGCAGAAGUCGCGCCCGAAGAACCGGAGCUCAUGCGCAGCACGAUUCUGGAAAUUCAUGCCGAUUUCCAGCACGAACACGCAGCCCUCUCAAAGGUCUGGCCGCCCACGCAACUCGACCACGCCUACUUCAAGGAAAAGGUUUCCUCCAACGAAGCUGGAGUCGUGCUGUCAGCUCGCAAGCUGUUGGCGCAGCUUGAACAAAAAAUCAAGCAGCACACUCAGCCCUCGCAGACCACGACGGUCUCGACGACCGACGCGCCCACGCAGUCCUCGGCAAGGCGAUCACGUCUCCCCGAGAUCGCUCUCCCGAAAUUCGAGGGAGAUUACAGCAAAUGGGCUGAGUUCAAGACCCAUUUCGCGUCUGUAAUUAGUGAACGCGCGGACCUCUCGGCACACGACAAGUUCCUGUACUUGAAGGGCGCAGUUACGGGCAACGCGGCGAAUUUAAUCAGCCACCUUCCGACCACAGAUGGCGCUCUCGAUCAGGCGUGGCAGCUGUUUGAUGGCCGCUACGACAACAAGCGGCUAAAUGUGCAGUCUCACAUGGAUCGGCUCGCCAACCUUAAGCCGAUGAAGCUGCGGAAAGCGGCCUCUCUCCUGAAGAUGGUAAAUAUCAUUCAGGAGACGCAGCAGGCGCUACGCUCGUUUGGUUUAGAGGACGCCCAUAACUGCUUUCUCCUCACCAUCCUCGUGAGACUGCUCGACGCAGACACGCGCGAGCACUGGGAGUCCUCGCUGGCCACGAAGAAGGACUAUCCUACGCUGGAGGAACUGACCACGUUCCUACUCGCCCGCGCAAGAACACUCGAGCAAUUAGAGCAGCUCAGCACCGCACGCGCUACUCAGCCCACGCCGACAACACCCGCAAGGACCACGCAGCCUUCACAGCAACGCUCCGCUCCAGCAAGAGCAGCCGUCCAUGCAGGAGCCGCUCGACCAGCUGCUCCAGCCCACGCAGCAUCCGCAGGCCACGCAAGAACCACGCAGUUCGCACUGUAUCCAUGUGCGUUCUGCCAAAAGGACCAUUUUCUAUCCGCAUGCCUGGUCUUCAGGGCGCUGACCCCGCACGACCGCGCCAACGUGGUCAAGGCACACGCACUCUGCGUGAAUUGCCUUGGCCACCACAAUUUACGCAGUUGUCGCACGUCACAAAGGUGCAAGAUUUGUGACGAAAUACAUCACACCAUGCUUCAUGGUGCUGAUAUUAGCAAGGUAUUAGUACCUGGCCUUGCUCCAGCAGCAGCAGCGCAGACCACGCCCACACCGGCUCCAGCAGCCGCUACGCAGACCACGCCAACCACUUCAACGACCACUUAUUGA